CGCCGAGCCCUCCCGCCCGCCUGGGGGCGCUGUGGCCGCCGGGAGCGGGCGGAAGUGACGCGGCGGCGGCGCGAGCAGCGGGAUGAACGCGCCUCCGGCCUUCGAGUCGUUCCUCCUCUUCGAGGGCGAAAAGAAGGUGGCCAUCAACAAGGACACGAAGGUGCCCAACGCCUGCCUCUUCACCAUCAACAAGGAGGACCACACGCUGGGGAACAUCAUCAAGUCGCAGUUACUGAAGGACCCCCAGGUGUUAUUUGCAGGGUACAAGGUCCCACACCCGCUGGAACACAAAAUUAUCAUCCGCGUCCAAACCACCCCCGAUUACAGCCCUCAGGAAGCUUUCACCAACGCCAUCACGGAUCUGAUCAGUGAGCUCUCCCUCCUCGAGGAGAGGUUCAGGGUUGCUAUUAAAGAUAAACAAGAAGGAGUGGAGUAAAAUCAAGUGGACUGUACUUCUGAGGCAGAAUGAUAUAAUGAUGGAUCUGUUAGUUGGAUGUUUUAUUUAAACCCCCCGUCAUGGCAAAUAUUUUCCCCCUUGUCCCACUUCUGUUUGUGUCAUUUCUGAAAGCAGCAGUGAUAUGUUGAGGUGGUUUGUUUUUUUUUUUUUAAUACUAGACAGGCACUUUGCCAAGAGGGUAAAUGUCUUGAUUUGGUGGAUAAGUCAUUAAAGUGAUCUCUGCUCUUCUAA